AUGUUUCAACUGCGGCCGCAAAGGACAUUGGGCAAACGAAUGCAAAGAAGGUAUGCACUUAUCCCAUUUCACCAGGGGACUUGCGAGACACGUGUUAUCGUUGCUUUAAAAAGGGACAUGUACGCAAGGAUUGUCCAAAAUCAAGAACGCCUUCGGAGAGAAGAAAUCGUCGAGACAAGGACAGGAAGCGAAGAAGAUCUUCGUCCUCCUCCUCCAAGUCUUCUGAAUCCUCCAGAUCCAGGAGAAGAUAUAGAUAAUAGUAGAAGCAACAGAAGAAACCGAACAGAAGAUCACCUUCCUCCAGCGAGAGCAGAUCCAAACCCUCAAUAUCGUCACAAAGCUCUAGGUAUUUAAAACUUAUUAGUAUAAUUUAAGCAAACAACCAUGAUUUAAUGA